AUGAAGCCUGUGGUCGGGCUGACGGUGGAAAGGCAUCAGUGUGGAAUAUUGCUAUAUGGAGAUUUGCCAAAAAAUAAAGAAAAUGUAAUAUAUUUAGCAAAUCAUCAAAGCACAGUUGACUGGAUUAUUGCGGACAUGCUGGCUGCCCGGCAGGAUGCCCUUGGACAUGUGCGCUAUGUGCUGAAAGACCGGUUAAAAUGGCUUCCAUUGUAUGGGUUUUACUUUGCUCAGCAUGGAGGAAUUUAUGUAAAACGAAGUGCCAAAUUUAAUGAAAAAGAAAUGAGAAACAAGCUUCAGAGCUACGUGAACGCAGGAACACCAAUGUAUCUUGUGAUUUUUCCAGAGGGAACAAGGUAUAACAGAACACAGACAAAACUCCUUUCAGCCAGCCAGGCAUUUGCUGCUCAACGAGGCCUUCCAGUAUUAAAGCACGUGCUGACACCAAGAAUAAAGGCAACUCACGUUGCUUUUGAUUCUAUGAAGAAUCAUUUAGAUGCAAUUUACGAUGUCACAGUGGUUUAUGAAGGGAUUGAGACAGGGUCAGGAAAAUACUCAAACUCACCGUCCAUGACUGAGUUUCUCUGCAAACAGUGUCCCAAACUUCAUAUUCACUUUGAUCGUAUAGACAAAAAUGAAGUUCCAGAGGAACAAGAACACAUGAAAAAAUGGCUUCAUGAGCGUUUUGAGAUAAAAGAUAAGUUGCUCAUAGAAUUCUAUGAUUCACCAGAUCCAGAAAGAAGAAACAAAUUUCCUGGGAAAAGUGUUCAUUCCAGACUAAGUGUCAAGAAGACUCUACCGUCAGUGUUGGUCUUGGGUAGUCUGACUGCUGUCAUGCUUAUGACGGAGUCUGGAAGGAAACUGUAUGUGGGCACCUGGCUGUAUGGAACCCUCCUGGGCUGCCUAUGGUUUGUUAUUAAAACAUAAGCAAGGA